GAAAUUGAUGAAUGCAAGGAUGGAAGUCAUGAUUGUCACAUAAAUGCCAACUGUACCAACAUUCCUGGCUCUUACAACUGCAUGUGCAGGCCUGGCUACCAAGGCAAUGGGAGCAUUUGUAAAGGUAAAACUUGCUGAUAAAUGUCAUGAUAAGACUUCAAUGAUAUUCAUUUCUUAUUUUUUCUUAUUCAGACAUCGAUGAAUGCGAAAAGGGAAGCCAUGAUUGCCACAAAAAUGCGGAUUGUAUAAACACAGCUGGCUCUUACAACUGCAUGUGCAGGAGUGGCUACACAGGCAAUGGGAGCAUUUGUAAAGGUAAAAAUUUGGGAAGACCUUAGAUAACAAUGACCUCAACCAGCGCUGGGGUCAAUUUGAUAAAACUUUUUCACGCGUAAUUUACAAGUGUAGCUUUUGUUCUCAGACUCUAAAACAAUGGCUGCACUUGUAAAUUCCACGUGUAAAAGUUUUAUUAAAUUGACCCCAGGUUGACUGUCCCUCAGGUUGUGGCGUCCAGCGGUUUUAGUAAAAACAAGGGUUUGGGUGGGCUGCUCAGUCUCGCGGGCUCAUAAAACCUGAUCUACAGCUCCCGAAAUGAUCCCGACCUCGAAAUGAUCCCCAACCCUGAAAGGAUCCCCAAAUCGACCCCGAAUUGAAAUUUCGGGGUCGACGUGAAGAGAAAUGGGAAUCAUUUCGGGGUCGAUUUGGGGAUCAUUUCAGGGUUGGGGAUCAUUUCGGGGUCGGGAUCAUUUCGGGGGCUGUACAGGGUCUCGGUCAUUGUUAUUGACACGCCUUGGUAGUAGUCCCUUUAAUACUCUUUCCCUAGUUACACUUACACUUAAAAAGCCAAGAUCAGGUCACCUGUUACAGCACUAAGCGCUCGAUCUCAGCGAUCUUACGGAAGCUGUCUUUGAUUUCUGUGAUUUCAAUGUAGGAGGUAGGUUUAUGUGUAGUUCUUGCAUUUUAUUUUUUCAGAUGUAGAUGAAUGUGCUGACAACUUACAUGGCUGCGACGCUAGUGCCUUGAACUGUACAAACACCAUUGGAUCCUAUAGCUGUGUUUGCAACCAAACAUAUGCACCAUAUUAUGGAGAUGAGGGGAAAAAGUACAUUAAUAUAAGUGAGUGAAUUAAGCCAAGAAAUAUAAAAUGAUGCGAGUGAAGGUUGCAGGGGAAUGGGGGUUGAUGGCUUAGUUGGUAGUGCGUCUUGGGAUCCUAUUGACGUUUAGCGAAGACAGCAACUACUUUAGGCCCUUUACUUUAGGCCCCCUGUCGCGUAAUUUUUACGUGCGUACGAGAGGAAAAAUUUACCAGUUAAAAGAGAGGCAAUAUAUGAAGGAUCGCGCGUAAAAGUGAAACCUCGUCCAACUUCACGUUUAAGUGCAACACGGCUUCGUACCUUGUCUCUAUUUUAUUUACGCGAGUAAAAUUUACGUGCGUUUACACGCACGUGAAAAUUACGCGACAGUGGAAAUCCACCCUUACUCUUGGUAAUCAAAUUAUUAUAAUGACUAAUGCAGUUGCGAAAAGAAAGGCCUGAAAACAAUUCAAGCUUGUACCGGAUUCGAACUCUUGACCUAUGCGAUACCGGUGCAACGCUCUAACCAACAGAGUAAGCAGGCCAACUGGGAGAUAGUCGAGAGAAUCUAAACGGCGCGGGUAAAUUGUCGUGCCAGGCCCCCAUCAUUCAAGAAUGAGAUUUUAUGACAGUCUGGAUUUUUUUGAAAAAUAAGAAGAUUUGUAUGGAAAAAGUUGUUGGAGAGCAACUUAGCCUCGCCUUGAAACAGAGGCUUAGGGCAAUUCGGAAUUGGUCUAUUUGUUCGUAAUAUACCCGGCAAAGAUUACAAGCUCUCUUCCUGUAGAGCACUUUUCGAUUAUAGUGGCCGCAUAUAUGCAAAAAAAGUGGUGAACCUAAACGCAGAGCUCAAGCUCACAAGGAGGAUUCUUGAUGGCAAAUGAACCGUAGUUAACUUAGUAAGAGUUAUAGCAAGCAUUCAUGGUAGUAAAUUUAACUGUUUUCAUAUACGAGCCUCUCUACUGGCGAGUAACCGCGGACGUCGUUUUCGUCGCCCUUUUAAUUUCCCAUCAAUCGCCAGCUUUUCAACGAAAUCAUCGCAUAUCAAGAGUUGUUUUGCGUGGUAACGCUACUGGCGAGUUGGAACAACCACGAUGACGGCGAAGGAAACGAGAAAAUAAAAAAAAGUAUGCAAUAGUAUUGACUGAUAAACAGAAAAAAACCUGAACGUGCAGCGCACAUUUUGAAAAAAAAUUCCCCAUGCCAUUGUCGCUGGAGCAACGUUGUCAAACUUUAUCGAAAAGGCAAUACUAUCUUCGCCGCGACGUUUAAGGCCUCGUCCACACGUAUCUGGAUAAUUUUAAUCCGCAAAUUUUUCUUUCGGGAUUCAAAAAUUUUCACGUCUACACGAAUCCGUAUUCAAAUCGAAUUUGCCUGUCCACACGUAUCCACUCUCAGUUAAUUGGCAAAGCGAUCUUCGGCUCUUGCAAAAAUGUUAUCGCCAAUCUUCUUCAGUAAAUGUUUCACUGAGAAAAUUGUCCCAUCAAGCACUAUUCCGUUUCGUUUUCGUUUCGUCCGUCCUACAUGGAAAGAAGCUUCAAAAUGUCGAGCCGCUGUUGGCAUUAUUGAAGUUUACAGUAAUGAUAGCAAGGUUUAACUACACACACGUUAUAAGACUUGAAACUGAAGUACAAAAAGUAAAGAAGUGUGUGACAUUGCGCUGGGCACCGUCUUGAAUAUUCACGGUAACGAACUGGGCUCGAUCUUGUGACGUUACUGAAUAACAAAUGAUUCACUGGAUAAGUGUGGAAGGAAGCCAAAUGCGCAAAUAAAGUUGCGGAUUCAAAAAUAUCCGGAUAAGUGUGGACGGGGUCUUUAACUCUAAGAUCGUUGUUUCAUCAAUAGCCGCGAUCGUCGCGACUUCGCCCAAAGAGAGUCUCAUAUACCUUUGGCAUGACUAUCCGUGUACAACUACGCUGAGUGCCGCUUAGUGCCGCUGGCGCUAAUACCAAAGAUAAGAACCAGAGAUGUCUUUUCUUUUUCAAAGGUGGUUUUGAUGCAUCAACUAUUCUUGGCAACGACAGUAGGUAUUUGGAGAAUUUGAGGUCGUUUUUGGAGCCCGUGAUCAAUAGCUCAGUCCGUAAUAGGUUUGUGAGGUGUUGGCACGCUAAAGAGGACGGCUGGGCAGCGUCUACGUUCCACGGCAACUGUGAUGACAAGGGACCCACUGUAACCAUAAUUCAAGUCGGCAGUUUCAUAUUUGGUGGAUACAGUGGCGUAUCCUGGGAAAGCCCACCGCGUGAGUACAUUUACAUGUACAUUUUUUUUGUUUGCUAACAACGAAGAACGGUAAAGUAUUACAGCGGCGUUUGGCUUGAGUUUUGGUUACGUACAAUUCAAGGCGAGAAAAUUAUUCCUCAGCAAUCAGAAUUGGCCAUUUUCAUUAUGGCGUCACUUGAAUACAACUACCAGAAGUAUGUUUUUCUCUAAUUCACAAUUUAAAUUAAAUUAUCCCGGUCAGGUUUAAAUCUUAUAAGAAUCGAUUUUGAAAUACAUUUUAAAACAUAAGUCAAUGAUAAAAAAGAAACUUGUCUUCAUGUCAUCAUUAUCAAAGAUAAUAUAUAUUUCCAGGAAUCAUGUUAAUUUCUUAUCUUUUGAUAAUGAUGACAAGAAACCAUCGAAACGUCAAGUUACUUUUUUAUCGUUGAUUUCAGGUUUAAAUCACAACAUCCAUAAACAAAAUCUUGCAAAAUUUGGUUUCGCCCUCUCCUUACAAAACCCAUUAAGGGGCCACUGGAAAGGAGAGGACGCCUCUGGUCCCAGCCUAAUUUUACUGAAUUAUCUUUAAAGCUCUGUAACUAUGAACUACGGACUCUUUUUAAUGAAGCAAAGUGUGGCUUAAGAACUACCAACUACCCCCCGGGUCAAGGUAAUCAGAAGGAUAAAAAGGAAAAUUUUCCCGUGUAAAAAUCAAGGUAGUUACAUCCGUGAACAUUUAUGAGCAAAAUUACUUUAAAAACAGAACGAAACACCGAAUCAAGUGGUUCAGCCAUGCAGAGGCUAAAAAAAAAAAGUAUCAGAUGCAUGUGUGAUACUGUCUGUCAUCUGUAUGGACUUCAAUUAGGUUUCAGGCUCUGUCAUAAUUCGAUAGAUCUGAAUUCAGUUACGAUUCUAGUUUGCAUAAAUCCCUUUUCUGAAUUCAGUUAUGAUAUUACGUUAUACAUUCUAGCUUGUACCGCGCUCUUUGCUACUAACACUGAGGGAAUCCAGUUUAGGGAGAGUUCUCUUUCUGCUCAUAGCAAUUUGUUACUCCACUAAAACUGCCUAAUUUUCUAAAAUAAUUUUCUCCUCCCCCACUAAUUUUCAAAUUGUCAAAGUCAAUACAAUGUCAUUACUGUAACUCAGCAAGGCAACAAAUGGAUGUGUGGCUCAUGACACUUUUUUAGGAACUUUGAAAAAUUUAUACAAAUACAGCAAAUUUUAAAAAUGCGUUUAUGAAUAGGUUGUCUAGGGAUGUUUGUAUGUCAAGCUGGACUUGCACUCACUAUUUUAAACUGAAGUCCGAUUCACUGAAUAUUCCUAGAAGUUCAUUUUUUGUGAGCGCCUUUAGUAAGGUUUGUGAGAAUUGUAAAAUGUCUUCAUUAUCUCCCAGCUGGAAGUUUUACGCCUGGAUAUUCAAGUAAAGCUUUUAUCUACUCAUUGACCAAUAACAAUGGUUCUGGACGACACGCUGUGUACAAUCCUGUUAAGCUGCGAGUCAAGCUAGAUAAGCACUGUCGGUACUGGGCUACAUCAUCGUUUGGUUCAUUUGGACCAAGAUUUGGCUUUGGUGAUAUUGUCAUAUCAAACAACGCUACUAGUAACCAGGAUUCUUAUACUUAUUGUGGCUAUAGAUACCCCCUCCCUCCAGGGUAUUCUUUAUAUGGUUCUAGGUGUAAUUUCUAUGCUGGAAGCUACAGUUUCACGCCAACAGAUAUCGAAGUAUUCUAUGAAACAACCACUUAAAGAACUGUAUCCUGAGCUUUUGACUUGGUGCUUUUCAUUGUUGUUUUUUGUUUGUUUAUGACGAUAUGACUUUAAUAUAACGCAAUAGCCCAUUUAAAUGAUGAUGCCAUUUUACUACUACGACCAAAAUCCUUCAGGACUUUGCUUUCUUGUGCAAAUUAGGGCUUUUGUUAUGUAAACCUCGCUGGGAUUACCAAAUUAAAAUAUGAAAGGGAAAACGAAAAGGAUUCUGGUCGUAGUAGUAAAAUGACAUCAUCGUACAAAUGGCCUAUUUGAGCUCCUCCGGCGUUCUUCGAUCCAGUUUUCCCUCUUCUUUACUUCCCAUCAUCUCUUGCGCCCUUAUCCGUCCGCCGCGGACUAAGCCUUUUUCUUUCUCUUGAGGGUCUCUGUAAGACAGGUAACAUUAAUCGUAACACUAGUACAGAUAACACGCCAAGAGAAACAGAGCUGCAGCUUACUAUUAUCAGAUAACGGUGAUAGAAAAGCCUCAUUGAAGAAAUGAGAGAGAGUGUUUUUUUUUUAUUAGCAGCUCUGAUUCGCCAGCUAUAAAAUAAAAGGUAAAAGCAAUUUUGAAAGGCGUACCUAUACCAAACCAGAUUUCCCUGAAGAGUACGUAUCGAUACUUGAGAAUGACACUAUAUUGAUAUCGUAUCGAACAUUCCAGUAGCUUACAUAUACCCGAGUAUUGGUGCGCCUUUCAGUAGACAGUUAUCAGGGGCACCCAGCGACGGUUUCCCCCUAAAUACAUUGAAAACACUUUUAGGCUAUCCCGAGUACCGUUCAGAAGCAUUUUAAGUGGAGCUGAAGAAUUUGUAUCUGUUCGGUCAUCCUGGGGGAACUUGAGUCUUUUCGAAAUUACAAGGGCUUGAGUAUAUUUUCCCAAAAAUUUUAGAUGAAAUUGGACGUAUUACGAAAAUGAGGCAUUUUCUAAUUCCUCUCUCCAUCACAUUUUUGAAUCCAAAAAUGUUAGGUUUAGUUUUUCUGCGAAAAAUAACCUGCUUGGGAAGUAAAAUGCGAAACUUGAACUUCAGGAAAUCGUAGGGAAUUAAUGAGAUAAGCUACGAAAAUUGUACAUGAAUGGAACGGUCAUCUGGAAAGUUUUAGGCGUCAUCAAGAGAUAGAAAAUUCUUGGCAAUAUUUGCUUCUCCGAACAGAUAUUUUACAUAAAACAGUCGUUAAGUGCCCCUGAGUUAUAUCACCCGCAAAUAUAUCAAGGAUUUUAAAAAUGUCAGCAUUUCAUUCAGUUCUCUCUUGUAUUUGUUAUGUUAUCACGGCGGGCACAAAGAACUCAAAAAGCUCUAAGGACAGAGGAACACAUCAGAAACUUACAAUGAUUUCUGACACGUGCAACCAGUGCAAAGUGGGAAAGCGUGCACUCGCCACUCUAUGAUUGAUUUCAGGAGCGGAUCCAGAAAAUUUUAAUAACGGGGGACCAAGUUGUGCACACUGUUGAAGCCAAUAACUUACUUCGUUAGUACAUCAUUCCAAACCGUUACACAUUCCUUUCUACUGCAAAGAACCUAGCUGCCAUGAUACGUGAUAUUCUUCGUGCAGUGCCCAGCUUUGUGGCAUUCGUCUCUUGAGUUAAGUGAUAAAAUAGCUUUGUCCAGGUUUCGUCAAUUUCGUUAAGUCAAAAGUCCCCUCCCUCUGGAUCUGUCACUGGGUUUAUUUUGGUUUUCCUAGAGGCAAACAACCACUUACCUUAAGUAAGGCUAAGUUAUGGUUAGGCGUUCUUAUAUAGAGGGUCACCAUUCAAUCUCGUCAACCUGAUCCAAAUUUUCGCUCAAUCCCGUAAUCCCAACGGUCAUUAUAGACCUAUUCGGCUAACUCAAUGUUGUACCCAAUUCAAAUCUACCGGGGAUAAGAUUCUUUGUGUAUUGUAUUUGCAUUAUAAUGUGGCUUUCACAUUUAUAUGAUAUGGAAAUUCCUGAAACAAAACGUUUUAUUCCCAAAGGGUUUGAAUUGGGUACAACAUUGAGUUAACCGAAUAGGUCUAUUGGCAUCCCACAUCCUGAAUAUAUCUCGCCCCCAUGCAUUUUGCUUUAAAAUCCUGAAUCCCGUCCUGCAACUUUUAAGGAAAUCCCGCAUCUGAAAAAUCUGUUGGGGACCCUCUCUAUAUAAAAAAGUGUAUGUAAAUAGCCAACCGGUCAGCCUCACAGCUGGUUGGGAUGUACAGCCAGUGCUAAGAUAAAUUUAGUUUCCAUUUUAUAGUUGGAAUUUGCCUCCAGCUUUACGGCAUGUUAGGUGACUGACAAUUAACACUCAUUAGUUUAAUUCUCUUUUGAUAACAGAUGGUUUUACUAGAUAAGAGAAUUUCGUUAAUGUUUACAACAUGUAAUUUAAAAACAUCCUAAGAACGUUCUGAGGCUCAAUUCGCCUAAAAAAUAAGCAAGUUUAGUCUUGGCUCAGUCUCAGCUCAAAAUUAGGCGUUUUUAUAUGGAGGGUCCCCAACAAUCUCGUCAUCUUGACCUAAACAUGAAAAAGGUGUACCGUAUUUAUUCGAUUAACCGCCCUGACCGCUUAUCAAAUUUUCACCAUUUUCAGCAACUGUAGUAAUGUUUAUUUUGCAACAAAACAACAUCAAAGCAAGGUUUCUGUAAACUACUCUGAAGAAAACUACGUCUUUAGGGAAGUCAGUAAGUGAGUUCUCUGGUGCUAUCUCCUGGAUGUCGCACAUCGUAAAGCCGGCAAAUGGGUUAGGUGGCCGAGAAGCAGAUACAGCUUGCUGGAUGGAUGUUAGGUGGUGGGCGCUUAUUCGAGGUUGGGCACUUAAUAACUUUUUCUGCCUUUAGGAUUGGCGCUCAUUCGAGGCGGGCGCUUAUUCGAACAAUUACGGUAUGCAAAUAGUCAACCGGUCAGCCUCAUAGCCGGUUGUGAUGUACAACCAGCACUACGAUAAAUUUGUUUCCAUUUUAUAGUUGGAAUUUGCAGUGUCGUUUGCUUCAGCUUUCAGGCUCAGUUCCUGUUUGAGAAAAAUUAGAAUGGAAAAAAGCAAAGAACAAAAUGGAAUCUUGCACCCCCAAUGAGCCUAAGAGUUGAAGCUUCGACACUUUGAAACUUGUUCAUUACUAUACAAUAUUUCUUAGCUACGUAUAUUGCAUAAUGUCAUAGGAAAUUUUGUAGGCAUUUUAAUAAAGGUAAUUCAAGGUUUGUAGUUCGCAACAGGCCAUUUAAUUUCUGAGUUACCUGGGCCUCUGUAUAAAAACGAGGUUAAGUGCUCAGUCUUUGAUAUGGAAAUGAAUUAUGCAAAUAACACUCAUUUUCACAAGAAAAGUUGUGCACUUGGCCUCAUUUUGAAAGUGAGGGUUUUUGGAACUCGUAAGUGGCCUAUGACUGCGUUUUUUGUAAGAGUCAGUACACACGCAAAUGUCCGCCAGGUGGAGAGUUUAAUAAGGGACUUCAGCAAUGCGGGGAGACAUGAACAUUCCUUCAUUUCGGCAACAGGCAUUAAAUCACGCACGGACCUAGCGCAGACUGCUGGAAAGGAUCGAAGAAAUCGAGACCAGGUGGACUCGCGCGUGUGUGCAUCAACACUUUUGUGAACGGCUUAUAUAAAUAGUGUUAUGCCUUUUUAUUUUAUACCAAAUGACUAAGAAAAUGCAUUCAGGCGAUGCCCUGCACAAAUCCAAAGCGGCCCUUUGGUUGGUUAUCGAGUUCAAAGAAAUGUUUUUUCCUCAUAAAACGGGCAUGAAAAUGCGCAUCUCUGUGAUUCGUUGGUUCAGUUUAAAAUGAUAAUGUGGUUGAAUGAAUUUAUGGUUUCAACACAAUCUGUGGUACUGCAUCGGUGAGAGAGACCAACUCACAAAAAAAGAGUUUCAUCCAUUGAGUUUAUAAAAUCAAGUCACCACCGAAAAGACACUUUAAAAGCUGGUGUUUGGAGCAGGGACCAUAAUGGUAUAUCCGCCCAGAUUUCGGGCACUUGCCCUCCGCUCCAAGGAAGGACAAACAUUCGAAACAGAAGUGCUCAUGGCAGACCAGUCACAGAGCUGCUUUAGAAUGGUGCAGGUCAACUGUUAUAAAUUAUGCUUGUUAAUUAGGUAACAAAAGGUACUUAUGAUUAGCUUGCUGCUGCUUUAAACCAGCCUAAGUAUAAAGUAACUUUCGGUUGUAGCUUUUGUUCAUUAUUGUACGUUCUUCGCCGUCAGUUGUUUAACCAACUGACUUUGAAACUUUAAAAUUAAACUGAGUUCUGUGCAUGGUAGUAAACCCAAGUUGUCUAGUGUUGUGGAAUCCAGUGUAAGUCGAGACCUUUUCCUUGGUUGCUAUCGUCGAGAUUUUGAUUGCGACAACAAUCUCAAUGGUCACUUGAAGAAAGCAGCCAAAAUUUGGUGACGCCAACACUAGUUUCUCCGCAAAAUGACGUUUGAAAAUGACUGCAGAAAUUUCAUACUGGCGACGUCGUGAGUCUACCCAGAUCUGAGUAGUGCUUCUGACUGCAAUUUUCCCUUCACUUAUGACCAAUCAGAAGCACUACCCAGGCACCUCAACAGUAUGAAAUUUCUGCAGUCAUUUCUCAGACGUCAUUUCACAGGGAAACCAGUGGUAGUGUUGAAAAAAGUCAGCUGUUUUCUCAGGCUAUCUGACGGUUGUUCAGUUCAGUUGAUGCAAGGUUGUGAUGCAGCUGGGUGACACCCAAGCAGCUGCUCUUUUCCCAAGGCCCCAUUUAUAUGGAGACAAGUUGUCAUGGGUAGAAGGGACAUUUCCUUACAAAAUGUGGUGAACUGUUUAGCACGUGAGAAACAAAAAGUUGGCCUCGCUUGAAGAUUGACCCACCCAGCCAGGAGGAAGGGUGACCGCAUUGCUUCACCAUAAUGAUUUUGUACACUCCAAAAAAAUGCAACAAUGCAUGAGCCAACAUAAUAUAAAGGGAGGCGUGUCACGAAAAUUUACCCAAAUUCAGCCACUAGGACCUACAUGUAUGAACUGGUCACCAAACUGGGCUUGAGACGUACUGAUAACCGCUUCCAUUUUACAUUGUACUCACUAUCUGUCCUCUGAUUGGUUAAGAGCCUACAGCUAAUUUUGGAAACCAGGGCAACCAACAGAUCAGCUAGUUAUCUGCUAGCACAUACCUGACUAAUCUGUAGGUUUCGCGUGCAAUCCAUAAUUUCCAAGAACAACAUCAAUUCAGGUUCUUUGCGAUAGUGUGUUUGUCAUUAUUUUUUUCAACACAAUUUUUAGAUUUGGUUCUUGUGAUAAUCCUGAAUAAUCAAGGUCUCAGUAAGUGUUAUCAGCAUCAGCCUUCAGUUUGGCUGACAACACUUACCUCGACCUUGUUUAUUCCGGAUACCACCAAACUUUGUCCAAUGAUUAUUACUGUUUAUAACAGUACUACUCAAGGGAAAAUAAUACAGCCAGCACAAAAGAAGGCAUGCAUAGGCAAAUAAAAGAUUGAAGUACAUGAAGGCUUCAAAAACUGCUCUGGCUAACAGCUAACAGUUUUUCAAGAUUAAAUAUCACUAGACUGGACUGCCAUAACAAUAUUCCCUUUUCAAAACUAAUAUGUGCAAUUGAGAGGUACUCCAAGAAGUGAGCAAAAAGCAAUUUUUUUAAUAUCAAGACUCCUACAACAGGAUCACUACAAAUUUGACUCAGGGAUGACAGUUGUUGAACUACUGUUUCCUUUGAUGAAGACCCAGGUUUUUCAGAAGUAGUUAGGCUUUUGUAUCCUAUUAGUUCCUCGCUAGUUAUAUUCCUGAUCCGCCUUGGAACCCUGGUAGACGAAAUACGAGCUCCCCUAAAAACGCCUGCGUUGGAGGCUGCCUUGACCUACGCAAAAUCACAGUUUUGUUUGAAACUUACCUGUGAACGUUCAACUCUGUCAUCGUUUGACAGUGAAACAGAAAACAAAAAAAAAACAGACAUACGCAUUUUCAUAAGAAAAAGAUCCUUUGUUGUAGUUCAAUAACCAAUUAAAGAGAGCCGCUUUUGACAUACAGAGCGAGCUGAAACAGUCGCGACGUAGUUUGAAAGAACGCGAAUUCACUUAACACUUGUCUGGGUACUGCUUAAAACUGUCAAGUGGUAUAGACUAUUGGCCCCUGACAACUCAGGUGCGGUUUUUUUUUUAGUUUUUACCAAAAACAAUAACUAAAGAAUCCUUGGAAGUUUUUUCUCCCAUCGGAACUAAGAUAAAACGUCAAGUACGGAAUUUAGCUUAGCGCUUGACAUUGUAAACAAUUCGGAGCUGGACAAGCCAGUUGGAGCACGUGAAGAACGAUGUCUACCAAGAGAGAUCAGACCAUCUCAUCCUAGCCAGCGUAGCAUGGCAGUUUUGGUUGGGCGCGCUGGCUAAUCUCAUCCUAUUUCGCGUGAAGCUAACUUGUCUGCAAUGCGUGACGGGCAUACAAAUGUGCUAGUACUAGUCAAGAACGAUUUCCCAGGAGCCAAUCAGACAAAAGUUUCCCGCCCUUGCUUAUCCACUUGCCUUAUUUAUCUCGCGGCCCGAGGUGGGUGUACUAUUCGCAGCAUACGCGUAUUGCGUUACAUUGGCCCGUGGAAUUUCUUUUAUUAGAGACCUUUCAUAAAUUCGAGGACGAGAUUUGACUUACGGUUUUUCGCGUAUCCUCAAAAAAUAGACAUCAUGGAAAGGCUUUAUUGUACCUCUUUUUUACAAAAAACAUUAGCACAUUUUCGUCUUUAUUGAAGAGGUUAAGCCCCAUGUUAAAACCUCUAAAAUUUGAUAACUGUUCCCUGCACUAGGAUUAUUCAAGCUAAACUGAAGAAUGACGACGGCUAUCACAUUUCCCCGCCAAAAUGCCUUUGGUUCACGCGCUCGCACUACUUUAAAUAAUAGUCACUGCUUAGUAUUGAGAAAAUCUCCAUCUGUUCGAAGUCGUCUCAGUUCUGUGGCCUAUACCGAAUAGCUGUUCGCGGUCCCACGAAAAGCUAUUCAGUAUAAUAUGAACAGCAACGGUCCGGGACGGCAACAAGUCUUUCACACACCGAACAUCGUGUUAGUGUUGUUGGCCGAAUGGGUUUGGUGCUCUUAAUUUCAGUCCUCAGUCCUGAAUAUUUACUUCCGCUUCUUUGGGUUCCAGUUCUCUCUCCUAUUUAUUUCCGCGAAAGACCUGCUAAGUGGUCAUGCUACAUUCAAAUAUGGCUAAAAACCUAUCCGAUAUGUGAAGGUCCGUUUUCGAGAUCGGCGCAGCCUAGCUUCCCUUCGUCACAGGAAUCGCGUCGAAAUCACCGUUGUGGUGUGUGAACAGAAGUGGCCGAGAAAAAAACAAGUCGGUAUAAUUUGACUAUAGCCGUAGAAUUUGAAGGUCUCUUCUGUUUUUAAGCUAAAAGAGAAUUGAACAUAACAGCGGGCAACUAUUAGUCUUACGCUAUUAUCACACUGCACCGGAUCGGUUUAAUUUAUCGUGUUGACAUGAAAAUGCAGCUCCGGCCUGCCUCUAAACACCUGCUUACACUACCACGAAGAAUGGCACAAAGACCUAUCCGAUAUAUGACGAUCAACCUUCGGAAAGAUCGUGCGACCCAGCUUUACUCCCUCAUUAUAGAAACCGCUCGAAAAUCACCGUUUUAAUGUAUGAAAAACCCGUGUUUGCACACUCUAAAACAAAGUGUGUUACUGCAACACACCUAUUUUUGUCCUCAAAAGAACACACAAAAAGGUGAGAAUAAACGCACUCCUUUUCAUGUGUUACCCAAACACACCUCGGUGAGUUAUCCAAACACACCUUGGUGUGUUCCCUCAACACACCUUAACUUGUGUUUCAUGCUUGUCCUAAAUUUGACACACUUUCAGGUGUGUUCACAAGAAAGAUGUGUUUUGUCACACAUCUUGAUGUGCCAACAAACAUAUCUUUUGAUGUGUCUUAAGAAAACACAUUGCUAGGUACCCCAAAAUAUAAAUUGACAUUUACAUAAGGCAAAAAACAUCAGCAAUGGUCCAGAAGUAGUUUAUUAACAUUUUAAAAACAAAUUUUAACAUUAACAACUGUUUUUAAUUAAAACAUUCUGAAUUAGCUUACUUAAGUUUGCCUAUUAUACAUGAGAUGUUUUCUUGAUUCCACAGAUUGUUUAAUAAAUAAUCAUGUACUUAUGCAAACUUGAAUUUAUUGCUGUCCUCCAAUAUUGAUAUAGGGUUUUCUGGGAACUACCUUCAAAAAGCACUUAACGAUAUUCUUACUUGUCUCACAUUCAUAAAAAUGUCAAAUGCAACUUGUUUUACUGUCUUUCGGUCUCUUUUUAAACUCCACCAUGAAGGUGGCACACUUUGUUCCUUAAUUCGUUAUCAACUUGCAGUAAUACAACCUCUGGCAAAAAAAAGAACUUCUGAGAAACACUGGGGGUAUUUGACACAAAAAAACAGAGCGGUUUCAACUGAGCGUCAAAAGUGAUUCUUGUUUGCUUAGGUUUUGCAUUACUUUGCUCUGUGGUUGGUUGACAAAACGUGCACCAUUUUCUCAAGCAAUACUAAGAAACAAAACCAAACCCAAUCACGACUUGCAUUUCCCCGUGCUUGGAGUCGGCUACAUGCAAUAAUUCAUAUUCUGAUUGGUUCAUUGUGCUGUUUACGACUUUUGUGAUUGGUCAGAGUAAUUACUUUGGUUUUGGUUUUAUGACGCUCAAUUGAAAACCACUCUUAUAUGCUACAAUUAAAUCAACUAAUGCCUUACAUUACUUUCUUUGGCUCUCCUUCUUAAACUCCGCCAUAAAGGUGGCAUACUUGGUUCCUUUAAAUUCACUAUCAACUUGCAGUAAUACAACCUCUUGGGAAAAAGUAAAGAACUCCUGAGAAACACUGGGGGUAUUUGACAUCAAAAACAUAAUAUGCUGCAAUUAAAUCAACUAAUGCUCUUGGCAGCUCACAAUCACAUUCGAAAAAAGCCUGGUCCUCUCCACACACAAAAACUUGCUCUACUUCCUCACUUGUUCCUGUGCACACCAACGAAAAUUCCACUUUCUUAUCCUUGAACAACUUGUCUGGUGGUGUUGCCGGCUGAAAUGUAUAAUGGAAGUAAGAAGAGAUUAUUGGCCUGAUGUAAAUUUGUAUGUUUAGGAAACAGUGUCUUGAGUAGAAAACUACAAGUUAUGACAUGCUUGAAAGCAAUAAAACAGGUGAUAGUGUGCAUGAUGUUGAGCUCACGGUAUCAAAGCUGUUACGAUUACUUCUGGUAUGGUAAAAUAAAAAUACAUCACAAUAUGUGGAAGCUUGGUAACCAUGCAAAAUAAAUUAUUUAAAGAUGUUACUUACAUGUUGAAAUUUUAACACUGCUGAAUUGCUUCCUUUUCUUUUGGUUCGCUGUUGUAUGACAUGUACAGCUUCCACAACUUGCGUGUUUGUCAAUUUCUCGUCGCUAUGCCUCAGAGUGACUUUCAGAGCACUCACUAAACGGUCUUCUGCACCUUUCACACAGUUCUUGUCAAGUAUGCGGCACAGCUCAGAACGAACCUGAGAAAAUCAGAAAUAAAUUACACUAGUUAACAAAAAAAUUUCACCCUACAAAAACUCAUUAUAAAUAAGGUUUUAACCCAACGCAAGGGAAAUUCCCUAACUUAAGGUUGCCUCUGCCUAGCUACGAAAUUUCCUCAUUAGCAUUUCAUGGUCCUGGGUGUCUGUCUUAAGAGGGGAAGUGCCUAUGAACUAUAAAAAGUAUGUUUGCUUAUUUGAAAAGCCUUUCAAAUUAACUGAGUUUGGUUUUUUUUAAGAUCUUCUUCCUAGUCUAUUUCAUGCAGGAUUCAUUUUCCCACAUUGUUCGCCUAGAUGAGCUAGUAAGGAGACAUGAGGUUCAUGUAACAGGGGUCUCAAGUCUGUUUCAAGAAGGAUUGCAGCUGUGCAUUUAUCUCUCACUCUUCAUCUGGUCAAAAGUGGAGAUAUGUGUAUUUGGUACAGAUCUUUCAAAAAGAAAAUGCCAUUCUUACUCACUUUGAAAGGCCUUUGAAAUGACAAAUAAUUUUAAGAAAGAAUCCAUUAAAUAACUGACUUUCAGUGUUUUCAUUAGAAGCCAGCUACCACCACCUACUUUGUGAGAAAUUUACCUCUAACUGCUGCCUACUUCAUCAGGACCCGGCCUACAUUAGUCAGCUCAGACAGCUAUUUCAAAACUUAUGAAACCCCUGGACAUAAAGCAAGUCAUAAAGGGGUUUAUUAUUUCAUAACCCUCCGAUUAAUUUUCAUAUCGUUAUACACAGUUGAAAGUUGAAAAUGUUGAAAACAAAAGUGAUCUGAUGACGAUUCCAAAUGACAUUGAGUUAAUUUUAUUGAAAUUGUGAUUGGAUUCUUCUGUUUGAAAUUGAAGAAAUUUUGAAAAGACUGGCUUUGUGAUCCAAAAUAGCCAAUAAAAUCACACAAAAAUUAAUUGGUGGGUUAUAAAAUAUCAUACAUCUGAACUUAUUGCUUGCAUGGUGACUUUCUUCCCACGUAAAAAGGAACAAGGACAUUGCUUUAAGAUUCAUGGACAAGAGAGGUACUUACGAGGAGGCCUUCUACUAUGGACUGGUGAUACACUGGGUAGCAAUUGUGUCAGCUGUUUCAAAGAAGGUGUUGGUGGAGCCCUUAGAAUAUGCAGACACUGCAUGGGAACAAAGGAAGAAACUGGAAGAAAGGUAAUUUCUUUUUGUCUCCUUAUAAUAAUGAAAGCAAACAAAGGAAAUUUCAAAUCAAACUUGGUUCAAAUAAUUUUAACCUGAACGUGACAUUUUAAUUGCAACUGAUCAUGAAUGCUGUACAUACUGUAUGUAAAUUCUAAGCUCUCAGAGAACUGGUGACUUGUUUUAUGUUAUUUCAGGAUAGCACUGUUUCCUCAUGAUAUGAUUUUUUUUUCCAGUUUCGAACAGAAGAAUUUCAAGCAAGAAACCUGACCGAUCACUUGCGAAUCUGUGAAAUGAUUGAGGAUCAAGACAAUGCACCUCAUGUUCGUGAUGCCCUUUCAACUACAUAUGGAGUUAAUGGGCUCAGUGUGAUGAACAGGGUUGCCAACUUCGAUGUGUGCCAGUGUUUCCCUGAAGACAUCAUGCACAUUCUAUUUGAGGGGGUUGUGCCUUAUGAGACCAAGCGUUUUUUGAAGGUGCUGAUUGAUGACAAACGAAGCUUGACCCUCAAAGAGCUAAACCACCGAAUGGAAAGCUUCAAUUAUGGCUAUAUGCACAACAGGGACAAGCCAACACCUAUUGCCAGGGAGACACUGAAUGCUUUGGAGGAUGCUAAAUCAAAACAGAGUGGUUAGUUUCUUUCAAUUAUUUAAUAAUCAUACUUAACAUGUUUUUCAUUACACAAGAGAAGCAGUGCUCAAUACCGAGUAGAUAGAUAGAUAGAUAGAUAGAUAGAUAGAUAGAUAGAUAGAUAGAUAGAUAGAUAGAUAGAUAGCAUUUUUCCGCAAAAAAAACUAGCGAGAGACAGAGUUGUAAAGGAACAACAAAGCGACACCAGACCACCCUUUGGAAGACCUCUAUGAAACUAGUAUCUCUACAAUAUUUACUUUAGUAAGAAUAGUACAAUCAGCUGUAUACAAAGUCACUAUUUCUAUGUCACACAGUUGAGGUGGAGAUAGCAUCAAAUUUAAAAUCUGUAAAAUAAUCUUCCGUUAUGACAUUAAUGCAAUGACUCCAGUCUUUGUUCCUCAGAAGCGAAGUCAGUUUAAAGGACCACCUGCUUAAUUGAUUUGGCAUAGUUAUUCUUUUUAUACUUCUAAAAUUUAUUAACUAGAAAAGGGGCUUGCAGGGCAAUAGUUGUCAUUGACGCAGACAUGAAUUUUCAGUAUUUCUUUUUCUUUUGAAUGUUACAGCAUCCCAGAUGUGGUGUCUUUUUCGCUUUGUCCCUAUAUUAAUUGGGGACAAAGUUGAUGUGGAGAAGGAGGAGUGGCGUUGCCUUCGGACUUUGUGGAAUAUUGUCCAACUCUGUACUGCUCCAGCCAUCAGAAAAGAUGACGUUCCAUACUUGCGGGUUCUCAUAGAGGAACACCAUGCCCUCUUCAAAAGACUCUACCCUGAAGCCUCGAUCAUACCCAAAAUGCACUAUGUUAUCCACAUUCCAGAUGACAUAGCCAGGUGAUUAUGAAUUCAUUAUUAGCUUCCUAUUUGUCUCCUGCAGUGUAGUAAGCAUUAAUUUCACCUUAUAAUUAAGUGUCAAUUAAAUCUUACUUGUUUUUCUUGUUCUUAAGAACACUUAAUGUGUUCCUUAAUUCCUAUUUGCUCAUACAGCGCUCAACAAUAUUUGUAUUCACUCAAUCAACAUAUUUACUAUUCCCUCAGUAAACUUUACACUUUUUAACAUAGGUUUGGACCAGCACGGAACAUUUGGACCAUGCGAUUUGAGGCCAAGCACACUUUUUUCAAGGGAGUGAUUUCUAAGAAUUUUAAAAACGUUCCAAGAACUCUGUCAUUUCGUCACCAAAGGUAAGUGUAUUAGUUUUUUCUGAAAUACACUAGAGUGUUACUGGUCAUAUACCAUGGCAGAAUUUUCAUUGAACUAUGGCACCAAGAACUUAAAUACAUUUUCAGGACCUUAAGGACUUGACAAACACUAUUUUUACAUUUAUACAUUUUUUGGAAGGGAGGAGAGGCUUCUGAAAUGAAACUGGAUGUUUUCUUUAUCCCUGAGGAAAAAUGGGGACUAGUCGUAGUCUAGACAAAAGUGACAGCUUGAAAUUUGAAUUAUUAGGGGAUUGUUAACGUAUCCUUGUGUUUUGAUUGUUUUAUUCAGGAACAUGUGCUGGAACCUUUUGACAUCAACUGGACAUACAACCUCCAAAUAUCUGUAUGCAGGAGAUGUUGUUGGUCCAGGUGAGUGGAUCCCAUUACCACAGGUUUUCAGAAUUAGAUGAUUCAAUUCUAAUAUUGUAAUAUUAAUAUCAAAUUGUAAACAGAAGGUUAAAUGUUUGCUGUUUACUAUUUAUAGGUGACUAUGGCAUUGAUCUAAAACAGCAUCCCCAGGCUCAGCUAAUAAGUGAUGCUGCAGGGUUGGGUGAUGUCCCUGAGAGAUUUGUGGGAAGCAGGUAAGUUUGUGUUUCACCUGCAAAUCCUCUUUCUGUCUAUGUUCCAAACACUCUUGAUUUACCUUGAUUUAUACUUUGACUGAUAUUGUGACAGAUGUUAAUUGCCGUCUUUUAAUGUUCAGGGUAAAGCGUGUUGGGAUUCAUGGUAUUGAGUACAGACCUGGAUGUGUCUUGAGGCUACGCGAAAUGGAUGAUGUGGAGAAUGACUAUCCUGUAUAUGGACAAGUAGAUGAGAUCAUCGUUUGGGAAGAUGAGAAAUUUUUUAUUUUGACAGAACUUGCAACUCUUUCUUUUCACCAUCACUUCAUGGCAUAUGAAGUUGAGAGGACUGACCAUAAAGCAGUUGUUUUGCGCCAUGACUUACAAUGGUAUGGAGUAUUGCAUAUUGUUCAAAAGAAUGGCAAGAAAUUUAUUGUGGAGAAGGACACAUGUUGUAUUGAAGAUGUACUUUAGUGGAUGAGAGUUAAUAAAGACUGUAUGUUCGAUAUAACUGUAUGUACGUUGCAUGUAAUUGUCUCAAAUUCUGAUUACUGAAAGAUUUUUAGGCUUAUCAAUGAGUAAUCAACUGAUUGGUCAUUGAUUAGUGGCGAUUAUCAAUGGGUAAUCAAUGACCCAAAAUUUUGUGGCCAAUUGAUUGCACAUCAAUGUCAUUGAUAUUGAUGCUAUUGAUUUACACAUCGAUUACCUACCAAGCAGGAUUAACCAUCAAUUAUUCAUUGAUUACACAUAUACCUGGUGUGCUCAAUUGAUGACAAUUGAUGAUUGAUAUUUGUCAAUAUUUAACAAUUAUUGGACGAGGUUGAGCAAAAUAUCGUGAUUUUUCAGUGGCGAGCAGAUCAAUUAUUUUUCGAAGCUGAAGGCUGAGGCAAAUAAUUGAUGUGCGAGACACUGGCAAAUCACAAUAUUUUGCGAUAACCGAGUUCAAUAAUUGUUUUAUCAUUCGAUCACCAAGUUUGUUUUUUAAUGAAUAUGGUUUCGUUUACGCAUGAGCAGAAUAUUAUUUGCAGCCAAACAUAGUUGGACAACAUUGCGCAUGAGCAGACCAUUAUUUGUAGGCAGUUAUUUGCAGGUCACUUGGUGGGCUUUCAGCCAAUGAAAAGGAAGAAAAGUUUGCAUCGAAUGAUAAUAAUAUAUAUUAUGCUGCAUAUGUAUUAUGCAAAGAGUACUUGAACAAUUUUCAAGAUGAAAUAACCUUGAUGGGAGAACUGUCAAGGUCUGGUUCAACAUCAGCACACUACUGAAGUGACGAGGUUGAUGUUUUUAGAUGCCAUUGUUAUAGACUAAGUAAAGUUUGCUCUGUGACAGAUACCUUGAAGAAGUUGCUUUUAUUUGUUUUUUUCCUCGAUUUGGAAUGGUUUGUGUAGCUACAAGAUUAUGUCGACCAUGACUAAACAGUGCCAUCAAUGACUGAAAAUUUUGUGGACUGUUGAUUAUUCAUUGAUUACUCAUUGAACAUUGGCAAUAAUCAAUGACCAAUCAACUGAUUAUUCAUUAAUUAUAUAGUCAUUGAUUAUUCGUUGAUUUCAUUGAUGUCAUCAAUUAGCUUUGUCUGGUAUCAAAGAUGCCCUGAAAUAGGGAAGAUGUGUUGCCAUUUAAGGUGUGUUAUGUGGAUCUGCCAGAUUUCUCCAUUUUAAGAACAUUUGCAUCUCAUCAAUUUAGGGUGAGUUCUAGAAUGAUCACAGGGUGUGUUGUAAUUACACACCUUCUGUGUUUGUGUGCACACUCUUGUGUGUUAGUCUGAACUUUUAAAUGAAACAGCAUAAAGGUGUGUCACCACCACACACCUUUAUGUGCUGGAGAACUCACAAGGUGUGUUAGGGAAACACACCUAAUUUUAGAGUGUGUCAGUGGAACUUGGAUUCUGGAUUCUAAUCGCGUUCGUGGGAUUCCGGAUUCCUUGAGGUGUAUUCCCGAUUCCAAAGCCAAGGAUUCCAGAUUUCACAGGAAAAAUUUCCUGGAUUCCGGAAUCAGGGUUCUCUUUCAUAGGGCCAAAAACGCAAUGCCAUAAACAGAGGAAAGAAGGAAAAACGAAAUAAUAGACAUACACCUCGGUAAACUAUCUACGAAUUAAGAGAAGAUUAAAUACUUUCCAACAUUCAACUAAAUCGAUUUUUAACAUGCGUUUUAGAGACGGCCAGCUGUUUGCUAUGCGCAGUUUUCAUUUUUAAUAAUUUAAAGAGGGGGCUUGUUUUAUUCAUAAACCGUUAAUAUUACGGCAGCUAUCAUAAAAGGGACCUUCUGCAUGAAAAAAUUUUUCGUCUCUAAAUGAACAGGGGUGGUCAUAAACCGAAAUAAAAUGCGCUAAUUGCUUCAAUAUAUUUUCUCAAAACUGCCGUUAAUAUGCUAGAAAGUUUAAAUGGUAAACUUCCCUAAAACUUGUCAAACAAACCUUUUAUUAAAACGUUCUGUUUAAUUGUCGACUGAAUUUGAACAAGACAUUUGUAAGUUCACAAAACUUGCCAGUUGUUUUCAUUGAAGCAUUUAUUAACGUUUGGUUAACAGCUGUCUUUCGCGAAGAUCAAGUUUGAUCUCGAUAUUCAUGCAACAGUUAAGAGAUAUUCUCUUUUAGUAAAAUUAGUAAUUUAAAAUAACUCCUCCUAACGGGGAAUACAACAGUUUAGUAAUAGUUGACACUACAGCUGCCCCCGCUCUGUAUUUCGUCGGUCAUAUUGUAGUCUUAGUCUUUGUGUAAGCUCUUUGAAAUACACCGAUUCAUAUUGAACGUUUUCACACAUAAAACAUACAAUAGGUGAAAUAAAAGCGGGAAACGCAAGAUUCCAUGCAGUGAGUCAGGUUGAUCAUUACAUAGCGUUGAUCAAAACAAAUAUAAACACCCUCAGCUCGGAGUUUCGAGAAUUUUUUCACACGUAUUCUAGUCAAGUUUCAGCACAGAAUUUCGGGAAAUUUCUGUAUUCGUCUACAUUUUCGCGGUUUGAGCUGCCGAGCGACAAGCACUGCUACACACUAACUUUAACUGCAAAAAAAAAAUUGAUGUAGCCUCUGCUCGCAGGGUAUAGUAAUCGUCCAUGAAUUCCUCGUGGCCCCUGUUCAAGCAAAUCGAGAUUUUUUCUGGUAUACUAACUGCAUGUUGUAACUGUAAGUACUUUCCUAUAUAGACGGGCGCGCAACUAGGAUACGUACAUGUAAUCAGAUCAGGGCAGAUCCUUGAAUUGCGUAAUAUUCUUGUUAUUUCAAAUUUAAUAAAAGGCACCCAACAAGUGCAUGUAUUACGCCGAUAAACUUUUUUUUGAAGGAGAGAACUCACUAAACGUUUCAAAGUAAAAAGCGGCUUUAUUCCAAAAGAUCCGUAUUAAACAGUAAAACAAAAAUUGGCAGCUAAGAUAAAGUUUCAAUCGCAAUGAUAUUCGGCUCUUAAAUAUUAUUAAAAAUAUGCCAAACUAAAAAUAUCCACUAAAUUGAAGUUAGGUAAAAUGUUACUUUGAAAUUAAUUGACUCUGCUCAUAUUAUAAUGCUGCUCAAACUCCAACUAAACAAGACGCACAAUCCGAGUACAAUGACAAAAACUAAAACAUGAUAAUUUUUUUAAAAAAUAUAUUUUAAUUCUCAGUUUUUUCGGGAGAUAUUUAACAAGAAAGCUUCAAAACGCACGGCCGUUUUGGCAGAUGUUAAGAAAUUUAAUGCAAAUAGUGGCUAGCUGCAUUAAAGGCAAUUAGAGUUGAAAAAUAAAACUGACGCUGAAGGGAAGUAAAAAAUAACGAGCAGGUUUUAAUUUUGCUUGCUGUUGUUGUUAACUUGGAAAAUUAAUCAACACGACAACUGAUAUCAGAACGUGUCAAACUGAACUCAGUGGGAUACCACUGACACCUCAGCUUUGAAUUAAGACGAAAGUCGAGAAGGGUAGCAUUCUGGCAAAUUCAUCCGGCAUGGCUGGUUGUUUCUUGUCCGUUCAAGCACUCUUCUUGCCCUGCCUCUCCUGGGGAGCUUGGCUAAGCUGCAUUGCUAGUGCAAAUCAAGGUAUGACUAAAGCCAACUGUUAAUAUAUGCACACACCUUAUACAUUCACCUUCAUUUUUGUUUUGCCACUAGGUGUAAUAUUUUAUAACCUUCGCUGCUUCCCAUUCGAAAAAAAGCUGAAACUCAACAUGGGAGAGGACUACACCUGACUCUGUGCUAAGCAAAAUGAACGAUUCAGGUCCCAUGAUUUUUGGCUGAAGUUGUGGAUACAGUAUACUACUACUUACAAUGUCAUGCAGUACCCUAAAAGCAAAAACUAUAAGCUUGAGAAAAAGCCAAAGUGGGCUAGAUUACAAUAUAACAGGAACAAAAUUCUUGAUAACGGUUUUGACGGCACUGGACAAGUCUUUUUGAAAUGACUUUUAUGUUUUUAUUUAAAAGGCAUUAACGUUUAGUUCAAAAUGUUUGACCACAUACCCCUAAAUUUGUUACAUCCAUAACGAAAGAAAAUUGUUGAGAACUUAAAUAGAACAACUACAACGAAUAUCUUAAAAGUUCAUGACUCAAGCUGAUGAGGUUAAUGAGAGAAAAACACAGACCGGCCGUAGCUAUGACAGGAAAAGUUUUGUUUGAACUUUUAUGAAUCAGACUUCUAGUUAUUCACGCAAACCUUUCUCUUUUGAGGACAAUCAAUGACUCAACUGAACCUUUCCGACGUAGCAGAAGAAAAACCCUACAAUUCUUACUUGGAAUCAGUAUCAGACAUUCUUUUGGGUCCAGACUGCACCGAGGCCAACCUUAAACGUUAAUUAACCGAUUACCAAACUUUGAAGAAAAUCUAUAUCUAGUGCAAUUUUAGACGCGUAUUUUUAUGCAUGAUAUUCAACUAGGAAAGGGAAAAAAGUGACAAGAAAAAUGCAGCUGCGUUGUUGAGCUUACGACACAAACGAUCAUGUACGGCAACAUAGAUUAGCCUACAAUUUUUGUGCCCGCCCAAGGGCGAUGGGGGAUGUGUUUCUAGAACCACAUCAGUUGGAAAUUAAAAACUGUUUUUAAAAAAAAUCACUUGAAAUUCGGUGUCGAAUUUUAGAAGGGGUAGGAUGAUCGACAUGGUUUAAGGGCCUUAUAGGCUCUUUCUCUUAUACGGAACUUUAAAUCAAUAAUUAAACGAGUGUGCAACUACAUCAAUUUGACGUUGAGGUGGAGACGACAAUGCUUGCCCUUUGAAAUGCAACAAUUUACUCACUGCAUAAAAGAUUAUAAACUAAAAGAAAGGCUGAAAUUAAGCGACAACAGUUUGACGGUUGUCAUGAAGUAUUUUAUUUAAAUUCCUAGUUAGUGAUCCUUCAAGAAACUUAUUAAUUAGUUAUUUCGUUUUGUUAUUUACUUCGGUCGGUGGGAAAGCUCCUGUAGGUUGUCUACCGGCUUCGACAUGGCAGGCUAUUAUUUCUGGCGAAAUUUUUAGGGGAAAAUCCCUUUUUUCAUUCAAAAACUCGCUGGGGUAGGCAAAAGUCUGAAAGUAGAAGAAAAAUAACUAAAAGCUUCCAACAUACCUCACAUCAGUUCUCUCUCCGGCGAUCGAUAGCUUCUGAUCAUUUCACAGAUACUCCAUUUUAGUUCCAAAGUUUUUUAAACUUCAUUGUGGAAUAUUUAGCUGCUUAACAUUCAUGGUAACCUGUUAUUGUUGUUGUUGUUGGUGGUGGUGGUGGUGGUGUUAUGUUUUUGUCCAGCAAGCAGUCUGCAAAGGAUCGGUUAUUCAUUUAUAAACAAUCACGGUCGAGGAGCGUGGGAGAACGAAAGACUGCAUUGAUGUUUUUUAACUUGUUCUCUGAAUUAACGUUGGUGAAAUUAGUAGUGGAAUAUUAAAAAAAGACUAAGUGGUUGAGACGCUCUGCGUUCAGUUAAUCUUAUAAGUGUGGUGGGUGAGGGCGACCUUGAAAGCUGCUGGCAGACCUGGAAACACCUAUUUCUUGCUGCGGUGAAAGACAAUACUCCAAACAAGCGAUUGAGAGGUCGAAACCCUGUGCCCUGGCUCACAGGUGCCGUUAUCAAUCUUAUCAAGAAAGAGGAAACCGUACGCAGGAAACUAAAAUUGCACCCGUCGGAGUCACUAAAAAUUAAAUUUCAAACUCUGCGUUCACAAGUCAAGCGCGCGAUCAAAGAAAGCAGGGACGAGUUCUUUGAGUCUGCUAACAUCAAGUUCAACAUCAAUCCCAAACGUCUCUGGCUAGGAUCAACAACUCGCUCAAAGUCGCGCAACAGACCACAAAGUGUCUCCAUGGCGACUGGUAACCUACGUGCAACCGCUGACACCCCAGAAGAAAUCGCAGACAUUUUUAAUAACUAUUUCACUUCAGUGUUCUCUGUUCCUCAAGAGGACAUACGGCGCAGGGAAAUUCCCUGCCGCAGAACCCCCCUUUAGUGAUAUUGUGUUGCACGUCGGCGAAGUUGAGGCUGUCCUAAAAUCACUAGACCCAAACAAAGUCACUGGUCCAGAUGAGAUCUCGGCUAGAAUCCUAAAGGAAACCGCCACUACUAUUGCUCCAUCACGAUGCAAGCUGUUCAACAGGUCUCUGGGGGAAGGCUACAUACCGUCUGAGUGGAAAUUGGCCAAUGUAGUGCCUGUCUAGAAGAAGGAUGAAAAAGAUCAUGUUGAAAACUAUAGGCCUAUCUCCCUAAUUUGUAUUAUUUCUAAAGUCAUCGAACGUUGUGUCUUGAACCGCAUCAAUGACCGAUUAGAAGAUCUGAUUGCGGACGGUCAGCACGGGUUUCGGAGUGGACGCUCAUGUGUCACAAAUUUACUAGAGACCCUAGAUUACAUCGGUGCUAUUCUUGAUAGAGCUGGUCAAGUAGAUUGUGUGUAUUUAGACAUGUCCAAAGCCUUUUAUAAGGUUAGACAUGACCUCCUUAUGGAAAAACUGCGGGAUACUGGCCUCGGAGGGAACCUGCUCACAUGGUUUCACGCGUAUCUCUGUGGCAGGCGCCAACGUGUUUGUCACCUCUGGAGUCCCACAGGGUUCAAUACUCGGACCUGCUCUCUUCUUGUUAUAUGUGAACAACCUUCCGGAUUCUAUCCUCAUAGCAAAGUGGCAGUGUUUGCAGAUGACACUAAAGUAUACAAGGUAGUGAUGUCCGAGGAUGAUGGCGCCGCUCUCCAACAAGAUCUGGAUAAUCUGUCUUCAUGGUCCGCUGCCUCUGGCCUAACCUUCAAUGAUAAGAAAUGCAAGCUUCAGACCAUUACGAGGAAGCGCAAGCCCAUCUGUACGAGCUACGAGGUUAACGGCAGUACCAUCAAGUCCUGUGACGUAGAGCGUGACCUUGGCGUCUCCUUGGACUGUGACUUGACUUGGCGCGCCAAGUCUCUCACCAAGCUGCACGCGCAAACAAGUUGUUAGGUUUCGUUAGGAGGAACUCUAGGUUUAUUCACAGUACUUCCGUAAGGCGCACAUUAUACCUCGGGCUAGUUCGUGCUCAUCUUGGCUACGCAACCCAGAUCUGGGCGCCCCAAGGCAUUGAACUAAUUUCUAAACUCGAAAGUAUCCAAAGACGUGCCAUCAAAUUCAUUCUUUGCUUGCCUUUUUUUAACAAAUAUCUCUUACAAAGAAAGACUAAUGUCUGUAAACCUACUUCCUGUGUGCUACUGGCACGAGUUACUAGAUCUAGUAUACUUUUACAAGGCUACACAUGAUAUGACUCACUUAGAUCCGUCUGCUGUUCCCUUCGUGCUCGAAUGCGCGCGAAGGACCCGUAUAUCCGUAACGAGCUCUCAAUCUCUUGUGCCUAAAAAAUGCAGGACUUCUACCUUUCAGAAAUCUUUUUUCAUUAGAACCACUAGAAUCUGGAACCUGUUUAUUACUAGACGUGACCUAGAUAAUGUUGCUUUUGAGAACUUAAAUCUGUUCUUUACGGUUAUUACUCGCGGGCUCUAGCAAUAAACUAUGACCCGGACUCUCCAAGGAGCUUGAAAAGUAUUUGCUUGAAACGUAACACAGCCAGGUUUUUAGACCAAGAAAUUAGCUGCUGCAUGUGAUUUAAAUUGCUACUUUUAUAUCCUAUUAUUUUUUGGGUCGGCAGUUAUUGGCUUUAGCUGUUGCGGUGUCCCUGCCCAAAUAUUUAAGUUAUUAUUAGUGUAUUCUUACGUUAUUAUUACUAGUAUUCGCAUAUCUUCAGUGUCUUUUUUUUUCCUGUAUUCUUCAGGGCAAAGCUAAUAAAAUAAAUAAAAUAAAAUAGACGUUAACAUCGCUAUUUUUUUUUUUAGAUACCUGUGGCCACAUUCGGUAUUUGAAGUUUUUUGAUCGGGAGUAUGGCCUUUAUAUGUAUCUUCAAGGCCACACCUUUUUAAACCUUUCCAUUGGAGCAGGCAAAUCUUGCGAAACGGAAUGUCUUUACCGGAGAGAGUGCGUGGCAAUCAACAUUGGUCCAGCAAUUAAUGAUAUGAGGGUCUGUGAGUUGUGUAACUCAGAUCACAUACAGCAUCCUAAUGAUUUAAAACGAAGAGAACGUUGGACGUAUAAAGGUACACAGGUAUGGCGAAUUUCACUGGAAUAAAUUAAUGACGGCAAUGGUUGUGAAUUAUCUUGUGGUAAGCGUUUAACUGUUCAUAGCCCAAAAACUGAAGUUUUAGCUAUGGAAGUGAUGAUGACAAUGACGAUCAAAAGAUAGUGAUGACGACCGUUGGGUGUCAGAGAUUUUUCAUAUGCGGUUUCCUGUUUCGGUUAACUGUUAUAGUGACCGCUCGUGUCUUCGGUUCUCUCACGAAGAUUGCACUUGUCCGUCUUCCCUCCAGACAAGGGGAACCAACCAAAACGGACUUUUACAAAGUCUAGCCAAAGAUCUGUCGAGCGGCGAUGAAGAAGAUAUAAAAUAAUGAUGAGAAUGGUAAUAGGGGGCACUGACUACUUGCAGUCUCUCAGGAUUGUCGCGCGUGCGAGAAUGUUACGUGUGAGCGAGCGAGCGAGCGAGGCAAACGCGCAAGAGGAAAGACAGAAAAGGAAAAGCCUCUCUCCAGUUCCCUUCUCGAGGGUCUGAAUGAAGGUACCUAGAUAACACUAAACACUUUAUUUUUUGGCUUUGUAACAUGAAAUAGUUAAAGUUUAGGCAUUUAAACACUAACUGUAAAGAUUCUUUGAAACAAUAAUUUUUUCCCAGAUAGAGGCAAUGAAAAUUACAAACCUUUUGCGGGAAGUAGUAAAUUAUGGGAAAAUAACACCAAGCAUUAAACUCCAUUCAGACCCUCCUUCUCGACUGGUUCGUUCUCUCGAGCUCUGCCAAGUCUCGAUUCGACAGACUGAAAAGGGAACUGCUCGAAGUCCACAAUAUAAUAUUAAAAUUUUAUGAAGUCUAAAUUACGCUUUCAUUUUCACUAGAAUAUUUGUGCCUACAAACCUUGCUUGAACAAUGCAAAGUGUUUCCUUGGAUAUACGGAUAAGGGGUUUCUUUGCGAAUGCCAGUCUGGUUACACGGGAGAACUCUGCGAAACAGGUAAUUAUGUGGCCAGCAAACGCAGACAUAUUCAGUCCUGUUUUCGCUUGACUGCGCCACAAAGAAUACUUUUCGAGCAGAAACAAACUGCAAAUACGUCUACGUCUACGUCUCUCAUACACGGAAUAGGCAGCUAGUAAACUAGAAACUCACCGUGGCCCGUUGCUUCGAGAUCCUUCGCGAUGGUUAGAAAAACGAAAGUGUAUCCUACCCAGAAAUAGAGAACAAGUGAAUGUUGCUUGAUAACAAAUAAUCAACGUUGUCAGAGUUAGAAAACAUUUGUGCCCCUCCCCCCCCUGGUGGGGGGUUCCUUAGAAAAGUUUUAUCCUGGAAAGCUCCGCCUUGAGGUUAACCUGAGAUCAGGCUCUAUUUUCGUAUCGCUUUGAAAAUAACAUUCCGGCAGGCAAGCCGAAACGAAAAGCGGUAGCCGUUAGAGAGAAUGUAUGAGAACCGCUAAAAUUGGGCCUGAUCUCAGGUUACCUUUAGGUCUAGCUCCUUACCUUUCUAUAUAAUAUUUUUUGAGAGGAAAAGUACCCCUCCCUUACCCAGUACCUUCCAUUGACAAAUGGUACCUCUUUCAAAUACCUAGUUUAGAACUUUGCAUGUAAAUGUACUGUCUUCAAACUGUGAAUAAAUCACAAAACUGGCCACGAAAUUUUCUCGACUUUUUCACAGCCAUAAAAUCCUUCUGUUGGCCCUUUUAGGUCCUUUUACAGACCGAAAUGACACAGAUUUCCCUACCCUCUCAUAUACUUCAACUAUUGAAAUCCUAACCCUUUCAUACACCUGAAGUCUGGAAAAGGUACCCCUUUCGCAAUUAGGGUGAAACUUCCCCGUAAAAGCCAUUAUCGGGGGUACCCCCCGGGAAUAUGUUUGCUCUUCUCGCAAUGAGUGAAACAAUCAGUCUUCCCUGAAGCAAUCAGCAUGCUACAAAAUUGAUUAUUUUCUUGCGUUGAAUGUCUAGGUUUAUAUACGAUGUACGAGGUUAGUGGCUUGUAUUGUUUUCUUUUCUUUUUUUUAGACCUGGACGAAUGCAAGGAUAAAACUCAUCAGUGUGACGUAAAUGCGAACUGUACCAACAUUCCUGGCUCAUAUAACUGCACGUGCAGGCCUGGCUACACAGGAAAUGGGAGCAUUUGUAAUGGUAUAAUUAACUAUACAAACCUUCACUUCAUUUUUCUGCAAGUAGUUUUAGUUUUCUUUGUAACUUAAUAUUUAAAUUUCUACUCCCUCCAGAAAUUGAUGAAUGCAAGGAUGGAAGUCAUGACUGUCACAUAAAUGCGAUCUGUACCAACAUUCCUGGCUCUUACAACUGCACGUGCAGACCUGGCUACCAAGGCAAUGGGAGCAUUUGUAAAGGUAAAACUUGCUGAUAAAUGUCAUAAUAAGACUUAAUUUAUAUUCAUUUCUUGUUUUUUUCGUUUCCUUACUCAGACAUCGACGAAUGCGAAAAGGGAAGCCAUGAUUGUCACAAAAAUGCGAAUUGUACAAACACAGCUGGCUCUUACAACUGCACAUGUAGGCCUGGGAAAAAGUGCAUUAAAACACGUGAGUGUAGUAUUAAGCCCAGAAAUAUAAAAUGAUCCGAGUGAAAGUUGGAGGGGAAUAGGGAUUGAUGGCUUAGCGCUUGUUUACAUGGAGGUGGGGGACCCCAGGUAGGUGAGGAGACCCCCUUAAGUGGGGUAACCCGCCUGUCCAUAUAAUUUCUCAUUUUAAUUUGAUCACAUUAACAUGAUAGGUGGGGUGACCCGCCACAUGUUACCUCACCUAUCUGGAGUCCCCCACCUUCAUGUAAACCGGGCAUUAGUUGGUACUGCGCCUUGGGUGCUAAAUUGACGUUUAGAGAAGGCAACAACUGCUUUAGGCCCUUUAUAGGGUGGAUUUCGACUGUCGCGUAAUUUUUACGUGCGUAUGAGCGGAAAAAUUUAAUUACAUUCGCAAAUGAAAGAGAAGCAAUGUAUGAAGGAUGGCGCGUAAAAGUAAAAGUUGGGUUUAAACCUUUCACAAAAAUAGGUCAUCUCCGAAUUAUCACUUUCAAAAUGAGGCUGAGUGCAAAAUCUUUCUCGUGAAAAUGACUUUUAUUUGCAUGAGAAUAAAAAGUCAUUUUCAUAUCGCACUUAGCCUCGGUUGGAAAUAGAGGCUUAGAGCAACUGUUGAUUCGUAAUAUACCCGGGAAAGAUUACAGGCUUUCUACCUGUAGAGCAGUUUUGGAUUAGUGACUGCAUAUAUGCAAAAGAGGUGGGGGACCUAAACGCAGAGCUCAAGUUCACUAGGAGGAUUAUUGAAGGCAAAUGAACCGCAGUAUUUAGUAAGAAUUGUAGCAAGCAUUCAUGAUAAUAAAUGUAACUGUUUUCAUAUACGAGCCUCUCUAUUGGCGAGUAACUGCGGACGUCGUUUUCGUCGCCCUUUUCCCAUUAAAUCGUCGGCUUUUCAACGAAAUCGUCGCACAUCAAUAGUUGUUUUGCAUGGUAACGCUACUGGGGAGCUCGAGCAACCACGAUGACGGCGAAGGUAACAUGAAAAUAAAAAAAAAACAUGCGACAGGUGUAGUGUAUACGAUGCUAAUGCAAGCGCGUAGGAGCGAGAGAAUGAAUGUGAUGUAAUACACACGGGAGUUACGUAAUUUGCAUGUACUAUAGAUAGCGUGUGUUGUAAUUUAUUCGAGUCGGUUAGCGUUCUGAGUUCGGAGUGUAACGGUCGUGAAUAAAGUGUGUUUUAACCUAACCGCGGUACUACAUUGGCGACGAGGAUACUUCGAGGAUAUUUCGAGGAUAUUUCGAGGAUAUUUCGAGGAUUUCACGGAGGUUUCAAGAGUUUCGUUGAAAAUUUCGCUGUGGAUUUCGUCGAGGAUUUCGUCAAGGAUUUAUUUCAGCGAUGCCGGGAGGCGGUGGAUCGGGCGAAACUAACGCGACAAGCGGUACUACGAGCGGUGCUGUUGGCGGUUCUGGAAUGACUUCUGUUACUUUAGAUGUCAGUGGAUUGGAACCAUUUAAUCCAAAAGGAGAGGCGCACAAUUUAAGUCAGCGAUGGAAGAAGUGGAAGCGAGCGUUCAGUUUGUAUGUGACCGGGAAAGGUGUAUCGAACGACGCUCCAAAACGUGCUUUGCUGUUGCAUGUCGCUGGUAUGGAUGUGCAAGAAAUUUAUUUCACACUAGCUGGUGAGGGUGGAGAUGCAAGUUUUGAAGCAACGUUAAAGGUGUUGGACGACCAUUUCGUGCCAAAGGCGAACAUUCCCUUUGAGAGACAUUUGUUUCGACAAAUUUCGCAAGGGAUCGGAGAGACAGUUGAUCAGUUCGUUUGUAGAUUGCAUCAGCGAGCAGCGACUUGUGAUUUUGGCGCCGGCGAGGAUGACUACAUUCGCGAUCAGCUCAUAGACAAGUGUUAUUCGAGCCAUUUACGCCGGAAAUUUCUGGAAAAGGAAGGAACUGUUACGUUAGAUGAAUUGUUGCGUGUUGCAAGAUCCCAAGAAGCGGUUGAUCGACAACUGAAGCAAUACGGUACCGACCAAGCAGAUAACCAGGUCAAUGCAGUGGGUGGCAGGCUGUAUGGAAACAAAAAUCCCAGGAAAGCAAAGAUUAGCUGCGGACAAGAAGGACACUUCAGUCAAGACAAAAAGUGCCCGGCGCGUGGUCAAACUUGCAGGAAGUGCGGCGAAACAGGCCAUUUCAAAGUUAAAUGCCCUCGACUCCAUCAGCUAAGCAGGACCCAUUCGGGAUCUAGAGGGCCUGAGAGUAGCAGAGGCGGACGCGGCAGAGGAGGCAGGAGUGCUGGUGGACUGGGUCGAGGUGGACGCGGACGCGGAGGGCGAGAGACGAACCUCGUGACUGGAAGACCUAGCCCUGGAGAAGAAGACAAAGGAGACUUCGCUACACCAGGUCGUUCGCAAAGACCCGAUUAUGCCUUUUCAGUGGAACAGGUGAAUGAUCGCAAGGAACAGAGGAGCGCUUUGGUAACGCUGGUCAUUGGUGGUGUAGACGUACCCGAUGUUCUCAUUGAUUCGGGAGCCUCAUGUAAUGUUAUGGGCCAGCAGACCUGGGAGUUGUUAAAGCAAAAGGGGAUUAACUGUGAAUCUCGCAAAUCUGCAAAGGAACUUUUUGCUUAUGGUGGUACAGAACCUUUACCGACCCUAGGAACGUUCACGGCAGAUGUCACGCUGGCUGGGUUUGAAAACGGAAGUAAUGCUGAUUUUGUAGUGGUUGAAGGCGAUGGUCGCACGCUGUUGGGCCGAGAGACUGCCGAGGCGCUAAACCUGUUGCGUAUUGGUCCUUUUCAGACAAACAGUGUUGACGGUGGGCGAUCGGACGGGGAUGUCAGAGAGAAAUACAAGCACUUGUUUAGUGGUGUUGGUCUUUUGAAGGGCUACGAGCUUAAGCUACAUUGAUGAGUCGGUGAAGCCUGUAGCGCAGCAUGUACGCAGGAUACCGUUCGGGUUACGCGAGAAAGUGGAUGCAAAGCUGGAUGAACUUUUGGAGCUUGACAUUAUAGAGGAAGUGCCGGAGGGGCCGUCAGGAUGGAUUUCGCCGUUGGUGGUGGUUCCCAAAGGCGAUGGCGACGUAAGAGUCUGUGUUGAUAUGCGUCGUGCAAAUGAAGCAAUCGUCCGAGAGCGUCACCCAAUUCCAACCGUUGAGGAGCUGUUACACGACUUGAAUGGCAGUACGGUGUUCAGCAAGAUAGAUCUCAAGUGGGGUUUUCACCAGAUUUUACUCAGUGAGGAAAGUCGCCACAUCACUACCUUUGUCACGCAUCGAGGGCUUUAUCGUUACAAGCGGUUGAUGUUUGGCGUAACGUCGGCGCCGGAGAAAUAUCAGCAGAUCAUUAGAGAUGUGUUAAGGGGUUGUGCUGGGGUUGCGAACAUUGCGGACGAUCUCAUUGUUCAUGGGUGUGACGUGGAGGAACAUGACAAGCGUCUUUUUGCGGUGUUAGAUAGGCUGAGUGAAGUGGGGUUGACGGUGAACGGAGACAAGUGCGAGUUUAGAUUGUCAAGGCUUACGUUCUUUGGUCACGAGCUGACUAGUGACGGCAUAAACCCAUCCGAAGAGAAGAUUGCUGCUAUAAGAGAUGCUAGAUCUCCCAAAGACGCAAGUGAAGUGCGAUCGUUUAUGGGUCUUGUCCAAUAUUCCGCUAAGUUCAUGCCUGACGUGGCGUCCGUGGCCAAGCCUAUUCAAGAGUUAACCAGGAAGGGCAUCGUGUUUCACUGGGGUAAAGAGCAGCAAACAGCCUUCUCAGGUAAAUUAAGGCAUGGGUCCCCAAUGAUUCAGUAAAAAAGUGAUGGGGGGUGGUCUAUCUCUGAGCACGUAGGCAGUAGAAAGAUGAGACUUUGCCAGAUACAUACAUGUGUGGUUUCUGUCAAUUAGGUCAUGUUCAAUUAUGCAAAUGUUGUCACGUGACUCCACACGGCCAGAAAACAAUAAAACGUCUUUAAACAAAAACGGCAACACUUUUUGUUGUGAGUUAUUAAACCGGACUGGUUUAGGACAAUGUGUAAUGCAAGCUUCUACAAGACUGUGCUUGACCUUUUUUGAAUUUUUUACUGUUUUAGAAAAUAAACGGCUUUUUCAACUAGACCUAGUCCCCCAAAGCAGUUGUAUCCCAUCUUAACGCCUUCCAUUUUAAAUAUCUAAAAAAGGCCAAGCACAGAAGUGAUACAUUAAACGGCAUUAACAUUAUGCAACUGGUAAAAUAAUUGAAGUCAUACGAAAAAGUGUUGCCGUUUGAAGAACAAGCUUUUUCAGCCGAUAGAGGUCACGUGACCUAAUUUGCAUAAUUUUAAAGCUUAAAAUUGACACAAACUAAAAAUGUGGUUAGCUGGCAAAGUUUUAUGUCUCUUCAUCUAAAGCUCUUAGAUAUAGACCACCCCCUCACUUUUGAGGAGAGCAAAUUAAGGCAAAUUGAGGCCCAUGCCUUAAUUUACCUGAGUUUGAGGAACUGAAGCGUCUAAUCACCCAGGCAGAGACACUGGCUUAUUUUAAGGUUGGCUGCAGAACGCGAAUCAUUGCCGAUGCGUCUCCAGUUGGAUUAGGAGCGGUUCUCACCCAGCAGCAGGGGGGAAUGUGGAGAGUUGUCUCCUACGCGUCGAGGAGCCUAACUGACGUGGAACGACGCUACAGCCAAACAGAGAAAGAGGCACUUGCCUUGGUUUGGGCGUGUGAACGGUUCAACAUGUACGUUUCCGGACAGAGCUUCGAGCUGGAAAUAGAUCACAAGCCUUUAGAGCGUGUCUACUCGCGCACCUCAAAGCCUUGCGCCCGAAUAGAGAGAUGGGUCUUAAGACUACAAGGGUACGAUUUUAAAGUGGUGUACCGCCCAGGGAAGACAAAUAUAGCCGACGCGUUGUCCCGUUUGAACUCCUUGGAUCAAGUGGACCAUGGAGAAGACUACGACUUUGUCAGAGCCAUUGCUAUAAGCCGUGUACCCGUUGCUCUAUCACCUACAGAAAUUGAGGAAGCUUCCUAUUUUGACGAAGAAUUGACGAUAGUAAAGAGUUGCGUGAGGUCAGGGGACUGGGACCGGUGUACACUUCCCUCGUAUGCACAAGUCAAGGACGAAUUAUGCGUCUAUGGUGAGCUAUUGCUUCGCGGCACAAGGAUUGUGGUUCCCAAGCUCCUGCGCAACAGGGUGGUGCGGCUGGCACAAGAAGGGCACCAGGGUAUAGUGAAGACGAAGUAUCGGCUCCGUAGUAAAGUUUGGUGGCCGGGAAUGGACAAGGAAGUUGAGAAAUUUUGUAAAGUUUGUCAUGGCUGCCAGGUCACUUCUGGAUUUAACCCUCCUGAGCCGAUGUCCCGCGUUCUUCCUCCAAGUGCUCCUUGGCAGGAUUGUGGAGCAGACCUGCUGGGACCCCUACCCACAGGAGAGAGUGUUUUGGUGGUGAUCGAUUACUACAGUCGUUUCUUAGAAGUUGCUAUUCUGAAGUCUACAACAAGUGCCAAGGUCAUCGAAGCACUUGCACCCAUGUUUGCCAGAUUCGGUUUUCCGUUCUCUUUAAGGACAGAUAAUGGGCCCCAGUUCAUAUCCGAAGAAUUUGAAGCAUAUUUACGCACAAAUGGUAUUGAGCACAGGAAAACGACGCCGUUGUGGCCUCAAGCUAAUGGAGAGGUGGAACCCCAAAAUCGCUCGUUACUUAAAUGUCUACAGAUUGCACAUUUAGAAGGAAAGAACUGGAGAACUGAAUUGCUUGUAUGGUUGACGGCGUACAGAUCCACUCCGCAAACGACGACGGGGACUACCCCCUGUUACAUGAUGUUUGGCCACGAGGUUAGGUCCAAAUUGCCAGAGUUAAGGAGAGAGACGGUCGGGGUGCCAGGCGAAGAAGUGCGAGAGCGGGAUUGGUCAAGUAAAUUAAAGGGCAAAGCUUAUGCAGAUCUCAAGAGAGGUGCCACGCCCAAGAGCAUACGUGUUGGUGACACGGUACUUUUGAAAGCCGAAAAAACGAACAAGCUGUCUACCAACUUCAACCCUGCUCCUUUUAAGGUGGUUCAGAGGACAGGAACAGAGGUAACGCUUAGGAACGAAGCUGGUGUGCAACUGAAAAGGAACACUGCGUUCGUAAAGAGGUACAACGAGCACAACGGUGUAUCCAAUGGCAACGAAGACCAAGUGGUACAAGCAAGUUCUACAGUACAGACAGAUGAGCCAGGGCCAAGCAGAGUUCCGGAGACGACAGAGGUAUCAGGGCCAAGCGGAAUUCCAGGGACUACAGGAGUAUCUGAAAAUUCCCAAGUACAAGCUGGGCAUUCUACCGAAAAGGAAGAUAACGCAGCGGAAAGGCCUGUGCGGAGGUCGACCCGAACUAUAAGACAGCCUGCGCGCUAUAAAGACUUUGUCCUGGAUGUUUAGGACUUAUUCUUUUUUUUUCCUGUUUUGUCUAGUUUAAUUCAAAGACUUUGUUUUGCUGAACAUUUAGGGUUUUUGCAGCCUUUAAAAAAAACUGCCUUCCUGCUAAAUUUGAUCAAAGAAGGGAAUGUAGUGUAUACGAUGCUAAUGCAAGCGCGUAGGAGCGAGAGAAUGAAUGUGAUGUAAUACACACGGGAGUUACGUAAUUGGCAUGUACUAUAGAUAGCGUGUGUUGUAAUUUAUUCGAGUCGGUUAGCGUUCUGAGUUCGGAGUGUAACGUUCGUGAAUAAAGUGUGUUUUAACCUAACCGCAGUACUACAACAGGUUUCACUGAUAAACAGAAAAAAAACCUGAACGUACAGCGCACUUUUUGGCAAAUUUCCUUGCCAUUGUCGCACGAGUGACGUUCUCAAACUUUAUCGAAAUGGCAGUGCGAUCGUACCUUUAGCCCCCGUCCAGAUUCUUCUUUGAGAAUUCAAAAAUUUCCACGUCCACACGUGUCCGUAUUCAAAUCGAAUUUGCCCGUCUACACGUAUCCGGAUUCACCCUCAGUUCGUGAGCUAAUUUGUAAAGGGAUCUUCGGCUCACGCGAAGAUUUUAUCGCCAGUCUGUUUCACUGAUAAAAUUGUCCCAUCAAGGACCAUAUUUCACUCGUUCAACAAGUUUACGGCGUCCAAUUCGUCCUUCCUACAUGGAAAGAAGCUUCAAAAUGUCAAACCGCCGUUUGGCAUAAUUAAAGUGUACAGUAAUCAUAGUUACAAUGAGGGAUAAAAGUGUUGAGACACUUCUAUAAAAUGGCCCCUUUUGAACAGUGAACAUACCUAUCCCCUCCCUUUCUUUAUCUACAAACAACAUUGAUUCGGGGGUGGACGGAUUUACGGCGUUUAAAUAGGAUUAAAUAGUAAAUGUAUGAAAUUGUUGAUAAAAGCACCCGUUUUAGACAAGUGUGUCAACUACUUUUGUCCCUGAUUGUAGGUUUUACUACGCACACGUUAUACUAAAAAAGACUUGAAACUGAAGUGCCAGAAGUAAAGAAGCGAUAAUAUUGGGCUGGGCACCGUCUUGAAUAUUCACGGUAACGAACUGGGCAAAACGUUACUGUAUAAGAAAAUAUCGGGAUUUAACGCCCACUAGUCUAAAAUGGCAUACGUCUCCAUCCCUUAACCCGUCGGGUCUCUCUCCCCCGCGUCCCUCACGGGUUAGGAGAUGGCGACGUGUAACAUUUCAGAUUGAGCGUCCACACGAUUCCGGAUUUAUAACGUAUGUAUUUAACAAUUUCCUCCCUGGAGAGCGGAUUCAGAAAGUUGCGGAUUCGUAUGCAAGAUUCACCGGAUACGCGUGGACGGAAGCGGGUUCUGUCUGCAAAGAAAAAGUUGCGGAUUCAAAAAUAUCCGGAUACAUUUGGACGGGGGAUUAAUCUCUAAGAUUGUCGUUUCAUCAAGCGAUUGUCGCGACUUCGCCCAUAGAGAGUCUCAUAUACCUUUAGCACGACUAUCCGUGCACGCUACACUGAGUGCCAUAAUUUGCUAGAUUGAUGCGCUUUUCAGCGCGCGAUCAUACCAAAGAUAUGAGCCAAAGAUUUCUUUUCUAAGGUGGUUUUGAUGCAUCAACUAUUCUUGGCAACGACAGUAGGUACUUGGAGAAUUUGACGUUGUUUUUGGAGCCCGUGAUCAUUAGCUCAGUCCGUAGUAGGUUUGUGACGUGUUGGCACGCUAAACAGGACGGCUGGGCGGCGUCUACGUUCCACGGGAAAUGUGAUGACAAGGGACCUACUGUAACUAUCAUUCAAGUCGGCAGUUUUAUAUUUGGUGGAUACAGUGACGUAUCAUGGAAAAGCCACCCGGGUGAGUACAUGUACCACGAGAAUCAGGACUUGUUUAUUUUGCUUGCUAACAAUGAAGAACGAUAAAGUAGUACAGCGGCUUAAUUUUGACUUGAUGUUUUUCUGUUUACGUACAACUCAAGGCGAGAAAGUAAUUCCUCAGCAAUCAGAAUUGGCCAUUUUCAUGAUGACAUCACUCGAAUACAACUACCAGAAGUUUGUUUUUCUCUAAUUCACAAUUUAAAUUAAAUUAUCCCGGUCAGGUUUAAAUCUUAUAAGAAUCGAAUCGAUUUAGAAAUACAUUUUAAAACAAAAGUCAAUGAUAAAAAAGAAACUUGUCUUCAUGUCCUCAUUAUCAAAGAGAGUAAAUACUUCCACGAAUCAUGUUAAUUUCCUGUCUUUUGAUAAUGAUGACAUGAAACCAUCGAAACGUCAAGUUACUUUUUUAUCGUUGAUUUGAGGUUUAAAUCACAACAUCAAUAAACAAAAUCUUGCAAAAUUUGGUUUCGCCCAUUUCCUACAGAAACCCAUUAAAGGGCCAGUGGAAAGGAGAGGACGCCUCUGAUCCCAGCCUAAUUUUACUGGAUUAUCUUUAAAGCUCUCUAACUAUGAACUGCGGACUCUUUUUAAUGAAGCAAAGUGUGGCUUAAGAACUACCCCCCACCCGGGUCACGGUAAUCAGAAGGAUAAAAAGGAAAAUUUUCCAUUGUAAAAUGCCAAUGUAGUCACAUCCAUGAACAUUUAUGACCAAAAUUACCUUUAAAAGCUAAAUGAAACAAGGAAUCAAGUGGUUCAGCCAUGCAGAGGUUGAAAAAAAAAAUGUAUCAGAUGCAUGUGUGAUACCGUCUGUCAUUUGUAUUUUAUGGACUUCAAGUAGGUUUCAGGUUCUGUCAUAAUUCGAUAGAUUUGAAUUCAGUUACGAUUCUAGUUUGCAUAAAUCUCUUUUCGGGACAAAAACCCUGCUCUUUUCUACCAACACUGAGGGAUUCCAGUUUAGGGAGAGCUCCGUUUCUGCUCAUCAUGGAAGUUUGUUACACUUCUAAAACUGCCUAUAAUUUUCUAGAAUAAUUUUCUCCUUCCCCACUAAUUUCAAAGUCACUACAGUGUCAUUACUGUACUCAGCAAGACAACAAAUGGAUUUGUGGCUCAUGACACAUUUUCAGGAACAUUGGAAAAUUUAUACAAAUACAGCAAAUUUUAAAAAUACAGUAAUGCAUGGAAUGUCUAGGGAUGUUUGUAUGUCAAGCCGGACUUGCAUUCACUAUUUAAACUGAAGUCCGGAUCAUUGAAUAUUCUUAGAAGUUGAGUUUUUAUGAGCGCCUUUAGUAAGGUCAGUAAGAAUUGUAAAAUGUCGUGAUUAUUUCCUAGAUACUUGUACUGCUAGAUAUUCAAGAAAAGCCUUUAUAUACUCAUUGACCAAUAACAACGGUUCUGGACACGCUGUGUACAAUCCCGUUAAGCUGCGAGUCAAGCCUAAUAAGCACUAUGGAGCUGUAACAACGUGUGAUUCAAAAGGACCAAUAUUUGGCUGGCUUGAUAUGGUUAUAUCAAACAACGCUGCUAGUAACCAGGAUUCUUCUACUUUUUGUGGCUAUAGAUACCUCCUCCCCCCAGGAUAUUCUUUAUCUGGUUCUAAAUGUACAUUCUAUGCUGGAAGCUACAAAUUCACACCAACAAAUAUCGAAGUAUUCUAUGAAACAACCACAUAA